AUGGUAUGAUAGUAUUCUUAUAAUUUAGCCAUCAGCAUAAACUAUGAAAUUAAGAAAUAAGAUUAAUAGAAACAAUAUCAAUAAAUAAGGCAAGGUACCAAAAUCUUUGAUGGUAAAUAUUGAUAUUUAAUUAGAAAACUGAGGAAGCUGCAGCUAUGGGUCCUAUUCUUUUAGGAGUAUUUCUUUUUGUGGUUGUUGGAUCAGGUAAGACAUUCUUAUAUCUUUAUAGCCAUCUUCUAAAUUUUGAAUGUAUUAUCGAAUAGCAAUGAGCUGUGA